AUGGCAAAGAGCGUCCGGGCGAGUGUUACCAAGCGCAAUAGAGCUAAACUCCGAGCCACAGUCUUCGGACCAGCUGUUGAUGCAAGGACCGAAAGACUUUCUGCGAAGCUGCAAGAGCUAGCUUCUCAGCCUCGGCCGAACGAGGAGAAGUCAAGCAUGGAACUGGAUGAUGCAACCACAAACAACAACAGUGACAAAGAAGCUAGCAACGUAUCGAAUUCCACUGGAGAUAUGGAUAUCGAUCAAGGAACUGCUAAGGGUGGCCGUGCUCACACCAGGAAGUCGGGUCGAAUUCAGAAACGUCAUAAGAAAGCCCGCUCGUCCAUCGUUUUCCGUCCUCAUCCAUCGAAGGUCAAAGGAAAUACGAAGAGACGAUUUGAAGAUGGCGGCAACUACACUGCGACUCCAAAGGCUUUUGACAAGGUCAUUUUCAUGGUUAUCGAUGCUCUAAGGAGUGACUUUGUCUACUCUAAUAAUUCCGGGUUUCUAUUUACCCAAAGCCUGAUUCGAUCAGGAGCUGCACUGCCAUUCACUGCUUAUGCUAGUUCUCCAACUGUUACAAUGCCUCGUCUCAAGGCAAUAACAACUGGCUCAAAACCAUCUUUUCUGGAUGUAAUCCUGAAUAUUGCCGAGUCCGAUACUUCAUCGACUCUAGCAUAUCAAGAUACUUGGUUGGCACAGUUGAAGGCAAAUGGAGGCCAGCUUGUCAUGUAUGGUGAUGACACUUGGCUUAAACUGUUUCCCGGGAUGUUUGAAAGAGCAGACGGUACUACAAGUUUCUUUGUGUCGGACUUCAUCGAAGUGGACAAUAACGUAACUCGUCACGUCUCUACUGAGCUUUCCCGUGACGACUGGUCAGCAUUCAUCAUGCAUUACCUUGGAUUAGAUCACAUUGGACAUAAAGCCGGUCCUCAGAGCCCUUACAUGACAACAAAGCAACAGGAGAUGGACUCCAUUGUUGCCAAUAUAUAUACCAGCAUGGAGCAGCAACAACAUUUGCAGUCCACUCUUUUUGUCUUAUGUGGUGACCAUGGGAUGAACGAUGCCGGAAAUCAUGGCGGCUCAUCCGUGGGUGAGACAUCGCCCGCAUUGCUCUUUAUUUCUCCUAAGUUUCAAGCCUUGGAUAUCCUCAGACAGUCUCCGACAGACUCGCACAGCGACUUCCAGUAUUACCGAACCGUUGAGCAAACAGACAUAACUCCAACUUUGGCAGGGCUUUUAGGCUUACCGAUACCAUUGAAUAGUCUGGGUGUAUUUAUCCCAGAACUUCUCGACCUGUGGGAAACGAGAUCGCAAAGAAUUGACGUGUUACUCUCGAAUUCCCGACAGAUCCUGAGAAAGAUGAACGAGAUGUUUCCUAACCGCAGUUUCGAUAUCAACUCGAUGGAUAUCGCCUGCGAUAGCGGGCCUUUAGUCGGCGUUGAUCUGGCGCUCUGUGCAUGGUUUCGGGUCAAUAUCUUGCUUCAAAACUCCGGCGGAGCCGACAAAAAUGACCUUUAUCCCGAGCUUGAGUCUGCCUUGUUUGUGUUCUUGAAACAGGCACAGGAGGUAAUUAGUAGCGCAGCUAGCGACUACGAUCUCAGAAAUCUUCUUCUGGGCUUAGCCAUCACUUCUUUCGUUGUCCUGCUUCCUCUCCCUACGAUUUAUACUCUGCUCUGUAAGUCUGGGUGUGCUGGGGCAUUCUUUGCACUGUGUCUCCUAGGCUACGGUGGCAUGAUGUUCGCUAGUAGCUAUGUUGAGGAAGAGCAACAAUUCUGGAAUUGGAUGUUUACUGCAUGGGUAUUUUGCCUACAUAAAUUUGCUACUGAUCCAGACAUCGCUCGGACAUUUUUCCCUUCCCAUCGGCUAAUACUCUGGUUUCUCGUUAUCUUAACAUAUGCCAACACUUGUAGGCAUCUCUUAGCCCACCGUCUAUCAAAGCUUUGGCAGCUAUGUUGUGUCACAAUGGCAUUGAGCGCAUUCUUCUUGAAGCUGUCAUAUGUGGCAUCAGAUUCCCCUGAACUUCUCCCUGAAGCUUUGCUUGUCCUUUGGAAGAGGGGGUUCGAUGGAGGGUCUACUGUCCUCUUUACGCGGCUGGUCGUAGUCGGGAUUAUGUUUCUCAUUCCAUUAUCAAUGUGUAUCAGAAAUACCCCGCAACUGCUGGUCCCGAGUACCGUCUUCCAUGACGCCCUCACCCUUUUCUUGGUAACUCAAUCACGAGCUACGAACAUUCCGAUAUUUCUAAUACUCAGAGCCCAUGCGAAUAUACUUGCUACGACGAAUCUUUCUGCCCUCGAGCUAGCUAUCACAUCUUUGAUCGCGCAGUAUAUGACCUUCUUCGCAUUUGGAGGUUCGAAUUCAAUAGCCACAGUCGACCUUUCCAAUGCAUAUAAUGGCAUCGGCACCUAUAAUGUCGUCUUGGUUGGGAUCUUAACAUUUAUAAGUAACUGGGCAGGGCCAAUAUGGUGGGUAUCAGCUGCUCAGGUUCUCCGGCUAAACCAGGCUAGGCAUGAAAGAGAGAGUCACAUGGCUGUUCUCACAUUCCACAUGGCAGCCACAUUAUUGUCGGUUAUGGCUGCAUGCACGAUCCUGAGGUCGCAUCUUUUCAUCUGGACGGUCUUCUCUCCCAAGUAUCUCUAUGCAAUGGCGUGGGCCAUCCUCAACCACUUGGCCGUUAACUUGCUUGGCGAGGUCUUGCAUCUAAUAUCAUCCAAACUGGCGAACCAUUCAGCAGUGGAGUUGUUAUAG